GUACCCUCACUCCGUAUCGCGGCUCCGGCUCGUCGGAACCGUUCGGAACCUUACCUUGGCGCAGCAGAGUCGUUCCUCGUCUCGUGCGCAUCAAAAGCUCCGUUCGCCGUCGCGUUUUUCUCACGGAGCACAUGGUCCCGGAAGAUCACCCCCUUACACUGAACGUUCCUCCGGGAGUAAAGGAACAGUUACGAAUGGGUGAUCCUUCAUCAGUGUGACCAGUGGGCGAAUUAUUUGUUCAGUGCGAGUGCGCGAACGCUCAAUUCGGUGGUUCUUUUUUUUUCUUUUUGGUCGUCGCAGUGCACCGGGGGGCGAUAUGGAGUAUAGACCGCGAAGUACAAAUUCUGGAUUGUCGAUGACACCGAUGACGGAUAGCGGACUUCAGUGCUAAUCUGUGAAGUGGCAUGGGUGUUCCUCGCGUAUGAUAAUUCGCGGGACUGUCGUCAAUUUCGUUAUAAAGAAUCGCGAGAUGCGCCCGUGAGGGUUCCUCCCUCGACUAUUUUCAAAGGUGUCACGGAGGGAUUCAACCCCCUCUGCGUUAGUGUCGUGAUAUCGGGGAGUGUUUGCGGGGGGAGGUAACGCGAGAGAGGAGAGGACUCGAGGGGUGGACGGUAGAGGUGGAAGGAAGAGAGGACUCGAGCCACAGCGGACGCCAUCUCCGCGUUAUCGGCAAGCGGACCCCUCGGGACUCCCCCCCGAGCAACAUCGGCGUCGCGCACCCUCGGCGGGAACUACCCCGCGACAGCGGCCACCCUGAUGGGAGUGUAUGAGGAGCGCCCUCCUACCACCGGCAUGCACUGGCAGCCGCCCAGCUCGCAGGAGCGUGGCAGCGGCUUGGCUGUGGGGCGCCAGGUGGGACCCGGCAGCACGGGAGGGCCCGGCGCGGUGGACCAGGCCCGGGAUCUGAGUCCCUGCCUUCCCGCGUCGAUGGGCGAUGCUGCGCGACCCACCACUCUACCGUGCAGUCCUCCUGCCGCCCAUCACCACGGGUCCCAUCAUACGCCCCUGCAUCAGACCCACUGCGGCACCAAUAACAACUGUUACGACGGCUCGACCACCCCUUAUGAGUCGAGGGACUACGACUCACCCGGAGGUACGAUUAUCUCUUACCUGUCGGAGGGGGUUGGGACGGAGAUGUCAGGAUCCAUUAAGAAGAAGAGACUCGCGGGCGGACAGGAAUACCGAGGCAGCGGUGGGAACUUCGAGAACGCCAAUGACCUGAGCAUGCCAUCGCAGACCGCGCACCAUCACCACCAGCAUCACCACCACCAUCACCAUCAUCAUCCCCAUCUGCAGGCGCAUUCCCAGGAACAGCAGAACACGACGGAGCAGCAUUUGCACGCCAUCCCGAAGCUGGAACCGCCACCCACGCCACCCUCGCAGUCCGAGGACGUUCCGGGGAACGUGGUUUGCGCGGGAUGCGGCCUCAAAAUAUCGGACAGGUUCUACCUCCAGGCCGUCGACAAGAGGUGGCAUGCCGCGUGCCUCCAGUGCUCGCACUGUCGCCAGGGCCUCGACGGGGAGGUCACCUGCUUCAGCAGAGACGGGAACAUCUACUGCAAGAAGGACUACUAUCGGAUGUUCGGCAGCAUGAAGCGGUGCGCGCGCUGCCAAGCGGCGAUCCUGGCGUCCGAGCUGGUGAUGCGCGCGCGCGAGCUCGUCUUCCACGUGCGCUGCUUCUCGUGCGCGGCGUGCGCGGUACUCUUGACGAAGGGCGACCACUUCGGCAUGCGGGACGGCGCCGUGCUCUGCCGGCUGCACUACGAGAUGGGCGCCGAGUUGCAUCCGGCCCAGAGCCCGCCGGUCCCGGUCUACCCGCCCGGGCCGCACUACCCCGGCCAGCCCUUCCCCUCGCCCGAGUUCCUCCAUCACCAUCAUCACCAUCAUCACGCGCCACCGCACCCACAUCACUCGAUGCACCCCCAACACCCGCACAGCCACGUCAGCCCGGUGCCGUUGCAGCCCUCCACGCCUUCCGACGCCUCCUCGCCGCCGAAGGUGCCCUACUUUAAUGGCGCCGCCGCCGUGGUCCCGCCGCCCAGGCAGAAGGGCAGGCCCAGGAAGAGGAAGCCCAAGGAUCUCGAGGGUAUGACCGCGAGUCUUGACCUAAACGCGGACUACAUAGACAUGCCCUUCGGUAGAGGAGGCCCCGGGACCCCCGGCAUGCCCGGCUCCAACAGCCGGACGAAACGGAUGAGAACGAGCUUCAAGCAUCACCAGUUAAGGACGAUGAAGAGCUACUUCGCGAUCAAUCACAAUCCCGACGCGAAGGAUCUCAAGCAGCUUUCCCAGAAAACUGGCUUGCCGAAAAGGGUGUUGCAGGUCUGGUUCCAGAACGCGCGGGCAAAAUGGCGGCGCAUGGUGCUGAAGCAGGAGGGCAAGUCCGACAAGUGCGACGGCGGGGUGGAUGGCGGUAAUCUCGGCGACCUUGAGCUCUACGGGAACAGCACCGGAAGUGGCGGGCCGCCGAUGAGUCCGCCCUUCAUGCUCGGCGGUCCCCACAGUCCUGCGUCCCUGGCAUCCCUGGACUGCGCGUGAUCCCUGACGUCCGGAUUCGUCCUGUCUGGCUAGCGUCGCGCGUCCACGUCCCGCGACGGGACAUCGGUCGAUUUGGAUGUGCACCCUUCCGGACGGUUUCUCACGUGAGUGAUAAUCGCUCGCGAGUGCGUGCGUGAGGACGAUGAAUUGUGAAUAGUCGGUGAGCGUGUAAAAAAAAAAGAGAGAAAGAGGAAUAGCGUUUCCGCGAGCGAAAAUUCGCGGACCGGAUUAGCGACGACCGAUCGAGCACAAGACUUCGAGGAGUGCAUUUUUCGAGAGCGCCGAGUUGUGAGUUUUCCUUUCAACCAGUGAAAAGCUUGCUUCUCGUUAUCGUCCCGCGAGCCGAAAAUUGGCUUCUCGAGGCGCUCGCUUCGGAUCAAGACGAUUGUAAAAUUUGACGCGCCGAUGCGUAGAUUUGUUUUAAUCAAUAAAAUCGUUGUAUUUAUUGUAGCUCGAAUUGCGACGCGAAUUCGCGUCGCGGAACACUAAAGUCGUUCGUUGAGGGCAAUGUAAUUAGUGAACGAGAUCUAUUUAUUCGCCUAAGUCUAAUUAAGGAUCGCGAACAUUACCAGUGCUGUGUGAAAAUCCGGUGUUUCGCGAGUUCUCGAAGAGCUGUCGGUUGCUGUCAUCUUUAAUUUAUUGAGGAGCGUAGUGGCUACAUAUUGGACGGAUCGACUUGUUGAAUUAUUAAUUAUUAAUUAUUUAUUUUUUAUUUCUCUGUAUAUGUCUUUUCUUUCUUAUUUGAAACAGGUUUCUAAACUUUUGAUACUACUGGUCGAUUGACAAAUAAUCGAGAUUUAUAUUUUUCUGAUCGUGUCAUGUUUUUUGUAAAUAAAAGCAGAGAUUUAUACCGACAUAAACAAACUUGAAGAUCGAUCAAAGCUCUAUCGAGCGCUUGAGCGAAACGCUGGAUUUUAACGGGAGGAUAUAAUUAUUUAUAAAAGAAAAAAAAUGAGCUGCGAACGCGAGUUAUUGUAAUUAUUGCUCAAGAUCAGACCGCGACAGACCCAUAAAAGAAGCGACCCACGGUUCUACCUGGUUAUUAACUGUAAAUAAAGGACGUUCCUCGUGCGUUUCUCUUAAGGCACCGUUAUAGGUUGUAGGGCCCUAUUAAUUGCAUUCGGUAGCGGUCGUGCUUCUCUAGGCGAGAGGUAAAAGUAAUAGUAAAUGAGGAUUACGCAGGACACUACUGUUAUUAUUGCUCCUACUAAUUAUAGUCCUCCUUGUAACGAUGCGGAAGGAUUGUCCAAACUUUUGCAAGAUCAUUUUUUCAUUGAAUAUAUUUUGACAAUAUA